CAAAUGAUGUGAAGCCUCUCAGUGAGGCUUUACUCUCUCCCUCUCCCUCUCCCCGUGCCUCUCCCUGUGCCUCUCUCUUCCUCUCUGUUUCUCACUCCUGUGCUUUCUAUCUUGAGUUGCUGCAGCUGAAGCAACUUGGCUACCUUCUCUCCAUCUCUCUUUUAACUGUCUCUCUCAGCAGAGAUGUAGCCCUCUCCAUCUCAAACUUUCAUACUUCUUUGCUGAUGAAGUGCUGAAGCCCUUUCUGAGCUCCAUCUUCUCCCAGUCCACUUCAGUCCUCUGCUACUCCAUGGAUCUCCUCAGUCCUGCUCUCUGACCUUCUGCGUUCUUUCUGCUGUAGCUCUUCUCCUCCUGCUUCUCCAGUCUGGACCAUGGCCAUGAAGGAGACGGUGCUGCCCAUCAGCGAGGUGUGCAGCCCCUUUCCAGAGGUGAUCGAGCUGAAUGUUGGUGGACAAGUGUAUGUGACCAAGCGCACCACCCUGCUCAGCUUUCCCGACACCACACUUCAUGCCAUGUUUGCACGGCGGGCACCUGGUGAGCUGCCCCGAGAUAGCCGUGGCCGCUUCUUCAUCGACCGUGAUGGUUUCCUGUUCCGCUACGUCCUGGACUUUUUGCGUGACCGGCACGUAGUUUUGCCCGAGCACUUCCCUGAGCGUGAACGCCUGCAGCGUGAAGCUGAGCACUUCCAGCUGAAUGAGCUGUUGAGGCUGCUGGGUCCACCACGUAUUGCGAAGCAGGGCUCACUCAAUGAUGAAGGCUGCCACAGUGACAUCGAGGAGAGCUCUCAGAGCAGUGAGCUGCCUGGACGCACCCCAAGCCUGGAUAAAAGGUCAGGGUUCAUCACCCUUGGCUACCGUGGCUCCUAUACCACAGUGAGGGACAACCAAGCAGAUGCCAAGUUCCGGCGUGUGGCAAGGAUCAUGGUGUGUGGGCGCAUCGCUCUGGCCAAAGAGGUUUUUGGUGAAAGUCUGAACGAGAGCCGUGACCCAGACCGGCCACCUGAGAAAUACACUUCCCGCUUCUACCUGAAGUUCACCUAUCUAGAGCAGGCCUUCGACAGACUGAGUGAGGCCGGCUUUCAUAUGGUGGCUUGCAAUUCCACAGGGACAUCUGCCUUUGUUAACCACUACAGAGACGAUAAGAUUUGGAGUAGCUACACUGAAUACAUCUUCUUCAGGCCUGCCUGCAGGACUGUGUCUCAGAGAGCAGAGUGUGAGGAACCCAAGCCUGAGAAGCUGGCUGACAAGGGCAGUGAAAGUGGAGCUUCCUUGAACGAAUUGUCUACCUCCAGCUCAGAGACCCACUCAGAAGCCACAUCACCCCAGGAUGGAAGCGCCAUCUUGGUGCCUCGUGAGGAGGUAGUCGGAGGCUCCCUAGCACCCUGUGGAGCCCUGCAUUCAGUAUCACGUCCCCCCAGUACCCUGACCCUUGGCAGGCCUCCCAAGAAGGGUGCCUCCGUGCAGUGGAUGGAGCUUCCAGACAAAAGGCGCAACAGUGAGCUAUUCCAGUCGUUGACCAGUGGCGUAGGGAUACGCGAGGGUGGACUCGUGCGCAGAAAGACUCUAGAAAGACCCAAUGCUCAAGAAGAGAUGAAGCAGUGCAUUCAGGAUUUCCGCAAGAUCAGGAUUCCUCAGGCAUUCCCAGAACGGAAGCGCCAGUGGCAGUCAGAAUUGCUCCAGAAAUAUGGACUCUAGAAAAGCACGUAGGCUAGAAUUUAUGUGACACGGCAUUUUUGUUUUCUUAUAUUUUUGUCUUCUGAUUUUCUGAUUUAUUUAUUUGUUUAUUUAUUUAUUAGCAGCUCUUUAAAAAAGGUGCAAUAUUUCUCAAAAGGAAAGCAACAAAGCUGUUAAAAAUGGUUGUAAUCAUGGGUGAAAUAAUGGUUUUGUAGCCCUAUAAUCAAACUUGAAGCAAAACAAAAGAAAAGGAUAGAAAAGAAAUCAAGCAUCCUCAGCAGAAUAAGACGCCAUUAUUGAUGCGAAGGACUGUUUUUUUUCCUCAGCAGCCUAUUUAGCAGACAUUGUUGCUAGUAAAUCAGUCAAACUGAAAACACCUUAAAUAUUCACUUAUGUUGCUUUGUCUAUAGAAAAUCUUUGAGCACUUGCAUCAGUAUAGAGUUUAUGUCUUGUACAGUUCCAUUGUGCAAACGUGGGCAUUUUAUACCUCACAAUGGCGUACAAAUUUUUAGUAUCAUGAAGCCAGCAUGGGAUGAAUACAUACAUUUAAUGACGUUUCUCUAAAAGACCUAAAAUUCACAUGCUACGUACUGCAGUGAUUUUAAUGUUGAACUUUUUAUUGAACUGCUACGAGUGGACCGGAUGAUAUCUGAAGCCGAAGAUCCAUAUGGCUCACUGUUUAAUAUGUGGUUUUAGUUUGUAAAGUGGUCUGUGCAUAACAAUGUUUGUGUAUAUUUCUAAAGGAAUAACUUCAGACAUGAAAUAGUAACACAGCAACCAUACAAAAUGUUAGUUUUAAUAAAAUACCGCAAAAAGUCUUAAAUUCUAGGGCUUUUGUUAGAUGCCAAAUCUACUUAACAGUAUGCUUAGAGUGCAAUUUACAGUAAAUGCUGGAUUGGGAUGCUGAAAUGUCUCUUUCCAGAGCACAGGUUUGAGAAGCACAAUGACACUGCUGUCUCUGUGAAACCUUAGUUACAGUGUUUCCCGGUAAAUUUCCAACAAGAGCUAGUGUUAGUUUAUUGUAACGUGAAAUACAAGAAAUGGCGAUUUUCUUCUGUAAUAAAAAUGUGUCGUGUAAAUGGGAAGAGAGAAAUCAGUUCGUCUGCUUCGUGUAUGAUUUCUUAAAUGUGUGGUAAGUUAAAAUAAACAAGGGCUGAUUAAAUGUUUCUGAAAGUAAUUCAUAAUUGUUCUAAGUAUGUUAUAGUAAUUGUGUAAUUAAUGCACUUUUAAAGACAACUCUGGCCAAAAUAAAAAGUUUGAUGAUCACAUGAUCGAUCACCAUGGUGAUGAAGUAGACACAGUAAGGAGAUUUGCCCACCCCACCCCCGAUUCCAUUUUUCCAAAUAAAAAUGGAAUAAGGACUUUGUGGAGGAUUUUGACAUGUCAGUCUCAAAAAGCUAGCAUAGAAUUUAGCUAAUAAGUAGAAUUGAUAAGAGUGGUUAAGGACUGCUGGUUCAGGACUACUUGUUGGACUACUGAAGGUUGUAAGUUCAAAUCCCAAGUCCAACAAGCUGCCGCUUCUGGGCUCCUGAGCAAUAACUCUCAGUUGUAUAAAAUGAGUUAAAAUUUAAGUCGCUCUGGAUAAGGGCGUCUGCCAAAUGCCAGAAAUGUAUUGGUUAGCGUGUUUGCUUUGGGGCUGUGGGUUUGUUUCCUACCUCCAUCAUGUUUGUUCAUGAGUUUCUAUUUUCUCCCUGUAUUUCAAGGGGUUUCCUCUAGGUACCAUAACUCUGUGUGGUAUAAGCGGUACAGAAAAUGGAUGGCUUGAUGGACAGAUUUUAUGCGUGAUCAUCCUUAAAGACCUCAUCUGGCUCAGUGAGGCUGAAAAGUUAUUUCUAAGAUGUUGCGUUUUAGCUAGCUCUAAGGUUCUAUUAAAUCUCAGACAUUACAUUGUUUGAAACCUUUGUCCCUGGAUGAACCAUGUAGAUCAUAUGAACAGACUGAGGUUAAAUGAGGUGCAUGUGUAGCUGUUUAUUAAGCUAUUUUAAUUAGUACGCUUGAGGCUGCGACUUCUAAUGGUAAGAGUAGUGCAUUAUGGUGAACAGUAUGUCAAAACACCAUCCUUGUGUACAGUAUAUAAUACCUUUCCCUGGAUAAAAUGCAGGCAGGUAAUACGAGAUAAUAACCUGGUUUGUUUCUUGAAAAAGUCCUAGCGUGAAAGUCUUGCUAUCUGUAAAUCUGUGAAAAUGCUGCUCACACACUAAUUCCUGUUCCGAAGACAAAGAGCUUCAUCCAAACAGUAGUGCCAAAUGGAAAUGAAGAAGAUGAAUUGGAGAAUUCAAGAAGUUCAAGUCUGCCAAAAUGAAUCGCAUGACAAUUCACAGAAAAUCUGUGCCUAUCACAGUGAAAAACACAUCUGAUUGAACAAUGUAGGGUAGAAACAUGUGAAAUAUAUUUUUCUGUUAACUCUCUGGCCACAUAAGGUGCAUACACUUAUACAAAAGUCGAAGUUUUAUCACACUGAAUGAAGCAGAUGCCAGAUGUUGCAGGAUAAAUUGCAUCUCUCUCUCUCUCUCUCUCCAUCAUUCACACCUAAUUAGGGCUAUUCAAGGACUGUCGUCAGCUAAAGAAGAGAGUGUCCUGGCAUUAUGUUGCUCAGAGGACGCAGCAGAACACAGCAGAUCCAGAGUAAGAGUGCACAUGAGGGGGGUUUUAUUUGUGCUUAUUCUCUUGGCAAAGUAGUCAGUCAGUAGCCUGUCAGUAACAUUGUUUUUUUUUGGGUUUUUUUCAAAAACAAAUAAAACAAAUAACAUUGCAA